ACAUAACUCUCUCCAUGCGCCGGGACAGCCAGAGCGCACGGGAGCCACCGCGGUCCGGUCCGGUCCGGUCCAGCAGCAGAGAGAGGGAGAAGAGGAGGCGCACUGACUGGAGGAGGAGAGGGAGAGGAGGAUGGCUGCGGGUUGGGAGCAGUAGGAGCACGAGGAGGAGGAGGGAUGGCGACCCGGGUGCUAAAACCCAACAGGACCUCCCGGUGGGGUUAGGAGCGCGUUAUGGAAUAUGAGGAGCUCGAUUUGCUCCCAGCUGACUCCCCUAGGAAAAAAGGGAGCAUCGUGUCCAAGAAGUCUCAUUUAACUCAGAUCGAAGUGAUCCCAUGCAAGAUUUGUGGUGACAAGUCUUCUGGAGUGCAUUAUGGAGUCAUCACAUGUGAGGGUUGUAAGGGAUUUUUCCGGCGCAGCCAGCUACCCACCGUGUCCUACUCCUGCUCCAGACAAAGUAACUGCCAGAUCGACCGCGCCAGCCGCAACCGCUGCCAGCACUGCCGCCUGCAGAAGUGCUUGGCCCAGGGCAUGAGCAGGGAUGCUGUGAAGUUUGGGCGGAUGUCCAAGCGCCAGCGGGACUCCCUGAUAGCUGAAGUGGAGCGGCACCGACAGCAGCAGCAGCAACAGCAGCAGCUCCAGGGAAACGCCCAGCUGGCGCUGUCCUACCCCGCCAAAACCCAUCAGGACCGCUCACCUCCGCUUCUCCAGCCCAUGGCCACAGCCUACACCUUCGGCGGAAACUCAGAACUGAUGUCCUACGCCGCUGACGUUCACCCCUACCUGGUGUGCUCUCCCAAUGACACUCAGAUCUCUGGGAUGAUUUACAGAAGCUCCGGUGGGACCCCUACAUCCAGAUCCCAGGGGAGGGGGGACAGCAGUGGGCACUCUGACAUAAGAGGAUUUGACUCCCGGCAACAAUCCCCCGAUCUCGUGGCGAUUCAUCCCUACAACUCUCUCGAUGAUCUGUACAGCCUCUAUCCUUAUUCCCCCAGAAGCAUAGAUGACCUGUGUGCCAGCAUUGUGCGCUCCCACAGAGAGACCACCCAGUACAGACUGGAGGAGUUGCAAGCCCUCAGAUGGAAGCUGUUCACCAGGGAGGAGAUCCAGGCCUACCAGAGCAAAACGGCGGAUGAGAUGUGGCAGCACUGCUCCAUUCGUCUCACUGAUGCUGUGCAGUAUGUGGUGGAGUUUGCAAAACACAUCCCAGGUUUCCGUUUGCUCAGCCAGAACGACCAGAUCACCCUCCUGAAGACAGGCUCGAUGGAGGUGGUUCUGGUCCGGAUGUGUCGUUUCUUUAACACAGAGAACAACACCGUGUUCUUUGAUGGGAAAUUUGCUGGAACAGAAGUUUUCGAGUCUCUGGUGUGCGGUGAUUUAAUCACGGCGUUGUUCGACUUUGCUCGGGGUAUGUGUGCUCUACAGCUCACAGAGCAGCAGAUCGCCCUCUUCAGUGCUCUGGUGCUGAUCAACGCAGACCGCCCGAGUCUGGAGGACAGAGGCAGAGUUCAGCGGGUGCAGAGGAGCGUGGAGCUGGGACUCACACACAUUCUUCACCGAGAAAACCAGGAAAGUCUGAUGCAUGAGCUGCACCAGAGGAUGGCGGUGUUGCAUUCGCUGUGCCGCCUGCACAUGGAGAAGCUGCGCUGGUUCACCCAGAGACAUCCUCUCACCGCUCACUCUCUGUUUCCUCCGCUCUACAAGGAGCUGUUUGCAUCCGAGGCUGAGCUGCUGCCGGGGACCACUCACUGAUGAUCCAACAGGAGAUCCAAGCACGCACACACACACACACACAUGGACACACAGGACCAUGAGACUCGUGGUUACACCUAAAAAUGAUCUAUUUUUGUAACAAAUGAAGAGAAAAGCACAAGAGUUUCAUCACAAGUAGAACUCCUUCUUUAGAUGGUGUGAGACAUAAAUUGAAAUGUUUUAAUAGCUUGAAAU